CCUGUGGAACGGGCCAGAGGGAGGAAGCAGGAAGGCCACGGAGCUGCAGCGGCGUGGGAGCUAGGGAGAGCUUGCGCCGAUUCCGGGACACUGGACAGCACAGCCGGACACUGGACACCCACACAGUGGGACGCUGGGUACUCACAGUGGGACACUUGGCACCCACAGCCGGACACUGGACACCCACAGAGUGGGACGCUGGGUACUCACAGUGGGACACUUGGCACCCACAGCCGGACACUGGACACCCACAGAGUGGGACGCUGGGUACUCAGUGGGACACUUGGCACCCACAGCAGGACACUGGCACCACAGUGUGUCCGAGUGAGGAGGCUGCUGGCGGGCCUGCCCUGGAGGACGGACACCAUCCCUGGGCCCCCACCAUGUCCAGAGUACUUGGCCCUGCGGAGUGUCCUGCACAGGGACCCCCAGGACCUCCACUCCCGGGACAGGCCUGAGGAGGGGCCGCGGCGGGGCCCAGGGUGCAGGCAGUGCGGGCGGGUGACCGCCAGGACAGGGACACUGGCGAGGGGCUGGCCUGGCGGGCUGCGGGGCGGGACGGGCAGGGCGGAGCGUGGGGACAGGUGUGGUGUUCCCAGGCUGGUGGACACGUCAGCUGGGGCCCCGCAGUCGCUCCGGGGCGUGGGGCCUGAUGGCCGGUCUCAAUGUGUCCCUCUUCUUCUUCCUGGCCACGGUCGCCCUCUGCCAGGCAGCCAGGAAGGCGGCCAAGGCCGUGCUCCCGGCGGACGCCUACACCAGCGUGGCGCGGGAGGUGGCGGGUGCGGCCCAGCUGGCCGCCUGCUGCCUGGAGCUGCGCGCCCUGGCCGAGCUGGGGCCCUGGGCGGGGGGCUUCGGGCCUGACCUGCUGCUGACCCUGGUCUUCCUGCUCUUCCUGGCUCACGGGGCCACAUUCGACGGGGCGGCGGCCAACCCCGCGGUGAGCCUGCAGGACUUCCUGCUGGCGGAGGCCUCGCUGGCGGGCACUCUGCUGCAGCUGGGCGCCCAGGCGCUGGGCCUGCAGGUGGGCUGCGCGCUCACGCGGCUGUACUGGGCCUGCGAGCUGACCGACCUGCACGUGCUGCAGAACCUCAUGGCCGAGCACUGCAGCUCCGCGCUGCGCACCGACCCGGCCCACGGCACGCUGGUGGAGGCCGCCUGCGCCUUCCUCUUCCACCUCACGCUCCUGCGACUCCGCCGCAGCCUCCCCGCCUACCGCGUGCUGGCCGUGGCCCUGCUGGUCACCGUCCUGGCCUACACAGCUGGGCCCUUCACCUCUGCCUUCUUCAACCCCGCCCUGGCCGCCUGGGUCACCUUCCAGUGCGCUGGACACAGCUGGAUGGAGUAUGCCCUGGUGUACUGGCUGGGCCCCCUGACAGGGAUGGUCCUGGCCGUCCUGCUGUACCGCGGUCACCUCCCGCGCCUGUUCCAGAGGAACCUGUUCUACACGCAGAAGAGCAAGUACCGCGCGCCCCGCGUGAAGCCAGCCCCAGGACCAGCGCCAGGAUCCUGA